UUUCAAAAAUAUAAUAUUUUGACUCCCUCAAUGCCUUAAUGAUAAAUUUUAGUUGGUGCAGUUUUGUGAGAAACGUUGAUAUGAGUGGCCGUUUAAUAAAAACGCUGCGCGGAGCAGCAUCAGAUUGUCCAAUUUUAGGGACUCGUUCGGUUUUAACACAUACGCAGCAGGUGAAAGAUGAAAAAAUUGACAUUUGUGAAACAGAAGAAUGGGCUAGUGCAAAACCAUUUGAAACCAUACCGGGACCGUCAAAGUUCGAAUUGUUGAAGGCAUUUAUGCCAGGAGGCCGCUACUACAAAAAACCACUUCCCGAAAUUAAUCGCAUAUACCGCAAGGACUAUGGCGAAAUAUUCAUGUUGCCUGGUUUAUUUGGCAAACGGAAUGUUGUUUGCUCCUUUGAUCCAGAAGACUAUCAGAAAGUUUUUCGUACCGAAGGGAUUUGGCCUGUUCGUAGGGGUCUUGAUAUAGUUCAUUAUUACAGAAAAAUUCUUCGGCCUCAUAUAUUCAAACAUGCUGCUGGACUUGUUGCUGAACAAGGAGAAAAUUGGGCACAUUUUCGCAAAAUCACCAAUCCCGUUAUGAUGAAUCCAAAAACUACAAAAUUCUAUGUUCCACGAAUGGAUAAUGCUAUGAAAGAAUUUAUUGAAAGAAUAAAGUCAAUUAGAGAUCCGAAAACUUUUGAAGUUCCUGUAGAUUUUGAAAAUGACCUAAAUCACUGGGCAAUGGAAUCAGCAUGUUUGGUAGCAUUAGAUACAGAACUUGGUCUCAUUAAUCAUGCGGAGAGAAAUCCUGAAGCUAAAGAAGUCAUUGAUGGGUCCAAGUAUACUUUUGAACUUAUGUAUGAACUGGAUUUUGAACCCUCACUUUGGAAAAUCAUUCCUACACCAAAAUACAAGAGGAUAGUAGAAAACUUCGAUAAAGUUACUGAACUCACUAUCAAAUAUAUAGACGCUGCAAUAGAACGACUCAAGAAUGCCCCUAAUCCGGGAAAACCAGACUCGGAAAAGAGUGUCCUUGAGAGGCUUUUGAACAUCGAUAGGGAAGUUGCAAUUGUCAUGGCCAUGGACAUACUUUUGGCAGGAGUGGACACUACUUCUUCAGCACUCACAGGGUGUCUUAUUACUCUCUCUCAAAAUCCAAAUAAACAGGAUAUUUUGCGAUCAGAAAUUUUGAAAAUCCUCCCAAAUAAGGAUACAUCCCUAAAUGCUGACAAAAUGAAAAACCUUCCAUACCUACGAGCAUGCAUCAAAGAAGCUUUUCGACUUUUUCCAGUUUCUGUUGGACAAUUCCGAUCGACAGGACGAGAUCUUGUUUUGAAUGGUUAUCGUAUUCCAAAGGACACAGAUAUUGCAAUGCCAUCACAAAUUCUAAUGCGCGAUGAGAAAUUUUACCCUCGACCAAAUGAUUUUAUACCCGAAAGAUGGUUGAGAGAUGUUGACAAAGCUGAAUGUCCAAUGGCAAAGAAUGUGAAUGCUUUUGUUUUUCUUCCUUUUGGAUUUGGUCCUAGAACAUGUAUUGGCAGAAGAAUAUCAGAUUUGGAAUUGGAAACUGCACUUUGUCGAUUGAUUCGAAAUUUUCAUAUUCAAUUUGAUUAUCCAGAGGAUAUAUCAUUUAAAACUACUAUUCUCAAUUCACCUGAUUUUGCUCUGAGAUUUAAUUUUAAGGAUGUAGAGGUUUAGAGAUUAUUAUUAAGAAUAUUUUAAGUUAGCUAAAAAUUUGUAUGAGUUAAAAAAUGUUCUCAAUAUCUAUUAAAC